AUGAAGCUAAAGGACAUCUCGCGCACAGCGACCUAUGCGUGGGACCCCUCCUCGGCUUCGGAGCCCUACAUUGUCACUGGUGCAGCGGCCGGAGCGCUCGACGAGAGCUUUAGCAACGACUCGCAGCUUGAGAUCUGGCGUCCCAAGUACUAUGACGCCGACGGCGCUGCCAACGCGCAAGGCUAUCAGCUUGGUGGAAAGGGUGCCGGUCCCGAGGGAAGUGUGACUGUCAGCAGCCGCUUCAACCGUCUCGCAUGGUCGCAGCCUGGUGCUACUGCCAGCGGCCGCGGCGUGAUCGCCGCCGGCAUGGAGACUGGCGAGGUUGUCGUUUACGACCCCGUCAAGAUCAUCGCUGGUCAAGAGGCCUUGGUGUUCAAGAGCGACAAGCACACUGGCCCUGUCCGUGGCCUCGACUUCAACCCUAUCCAGAAGAACCUGCUGCUGUCGGGUGGUAUCAAUGCAGAGCUCUACAUUCACGACCUGAACAACCCUGGCACGCCCAUCUCCCCCGGUCCUCUCUCCACCAAGCUCAACGAAAUCACAUCGCUGCAGUGGAACACCACCGUGUCCCGCGUGUUCGCUGCCUCGUCGUCCUCGGGCUACACCUCGGUCUGGGACCUUCGUGCCACCAAGGAGAUUGUGUCCCUCCAGUACGGCGGCGGUGCUGCCAAGGGUGAGACCGCUCACGGCAUGGCUGCUCUGCAAAUGGGCAAGCGUCGCGGCAUGAGCGAUGUCUGCUGGCACCCGGAUUCACCCACUCGCCUGAUCACAUCUUCCGAGGACGAUGAUUCCCCCAUCAUCAUGCUCUGGGAUCUCCGCAACACCCGUGCCCCCGAGCGUAUUCUCAGUGGCCACACCAAGGGUGUGCUUUCGGUGGCAUGGUGCAAGCAGGACCCCGACCUUCUCGCUUCGUGUGGCAAGGACAACCGCACCCUCCUGUGGAACCCCCAGACCGGAGACAUUGUGGGCGAGCUCCCUUCCGCCCGCGACUGGUCUUUCCAGACCUCGUGGUGCCCCUCCAACCCCAACCUCCUCGCCACGGCCUCGUUCGACGGCCACAUUGGCAUCAACUCGCUGCAGGCCACCCGCGCCGAGGAGGAGCCCAAGGCUGUCAUCGCCGAGGAUGCCUCCGCCGAGGACGUCUUUGGCGCCCUUGCUGGCCAGUCGUCGUCCUCGAACGAUGACAAGUUCAACGUCCAGUCGCUUGGCCAGGCCCCCAAGUGGAUGUGCCGCCCCGUGUCGGCCACCUUUGGCUACGGCGGUCUUUUGACCAGUGUCUCGAACCUCCCUGGCGCCAACGGCAAGCACCAGAGCGGUGUUGUGCACCUCCGCAACGUUGUUACCGAGGAGUCUAUCAUCGACCGUGCCAAGGAGCUCAGUGAAAUCUCGAGCGACAAGGACAAGCUCUCCGAGUUUUCUGCCACCAAGUCUGACGACCCGUCGUGGAAGGCUCUUCAGACUCUGUUUGACGCCAACUCGCGCGACGAACUUGUCACGCUCCUUGGAUUCUCGAAGGAAGAGGUCAAGAAGCAGGUCGCCGAGGCUGUCAAGAAGUACGGCAAGCCCGAGGACGCUGAGGAGGAGAAGAUUGGCGGCGACGAAACGCCCAAGACCGACAAGGCUGACAAGACUGACACGCCCACCGUUGUCGUGGCCACCGACGGGUCACCCUCUGAGACCAACUCGCUCUUUGAGGAUCGCCCCUUCACCCCGGCAACUGCUGGCGGUGACACCGACUUUUUCGCGUCGAUGGCUUCUGGCAGCCUCCGCAACCCCCAGCUCAACGCCAUCAUUCCCCACAUGAACGAGCGUGCCGACUCGUCGGUUGCUGCUACUGUCGGCUCUGGUGCCUCGUCGCUCCGUUCUGAGAUUAUCAACAAGGACAACAACUUUAGCAUUUACCCUGCCGGUGAAUCGGACGUUGACAAGCUCAUCACUCAGGCUCUUGUGCUUGGUGAUUUUGCUUCGGCCGUCGACCUUUGUGUUGCAUCCGACCGCUUUGCCGACGCUCUCCUCCUUGCUGUCCGCGGCGGCCCAGAGCUCCUCCAGUCGACCCAGAAGGCCUACUUCACUCGCAGGACCAUGGCUCACCCCUUCCUGCGCGUGUUCCAGUCGAUUGUGACCGAGGACCUCACCGACAUUGUCCAGAACGCCGACCUUGCUGAGUGGCGCGUCGUCUUUGUUGUCCUCUGCACUUUUGCUAAAGACACUGAGUUUGCCAACCUCGCCGACCAGCUGGGCCAGCGUCUUCAGUUCAAGUGGCAGCUCCUCGCUGCUUCGGACAGCCCCGAGGCCAAGGAGUCGGCCAAGAAGGCCCGCCAGGAUGCUACUCUCUGCUACCUGGCCGCCCGCAACCUCGAACACGUCAUCUCAAUCUGGAUCUCGGAGAUGCACGAGGAGGAGUCCUCUACCGAUGCUCCCCGUUACUCGGCCCACGCCAACGCUCUCCAGUCGUUCAUCGAGAAGGUGACCGUCUUCCGUGCUGCCACCGGCUAUGUCGACAAGGACCUCGACUCGCCCGCGGACCCUGCCCGUACCUACGCACUGUCGGGUCUCUACGACCGUCUCCACGAGUACGCCGACCUGCUUGCCACACAGGGUCUUGUUGAUGUUGCUGCCAAGUAUGUCAAGAUGACUCCCAAGGACUAUGGCAGCGGCAGCUCCAUCGGCCAGUCUCGCGACCGUCUUUUCGCCGCGGCUGGUCUCCAGGAGCAGGCUGUCGCGUCGUCGUCGACUUCGGCCUUUGGCGCCGCCGCCGCCGCCUCCUCCUCGCAGGCUUCCAAGGUUCGCAGCGGCGGCCGUCCCCCCGCGCCCGCUGCUGCCAGCCCCUACGCUGCUGCCCCUAGCUACGGUGGCCCGUCGGCCUACGGUGCUUCGGGUUACCAGUCAUCUCCCUUCCAGGCGGCUCAGACCACGUCCAACCCGUACGCUCCUCCUCCCUCGCAGCAGCAGCAGCCUCCCGCCCCUACCAGCAAUGCCUAUGCCCCUCCCCCUACGUCUAGCCCCUAUGCUGCCACGGCAUCUGCUCCUGCCAUUUCCAAUCAGUACGGUGCGCCCCAGACUUCGACGUACACACCAUACCAGCCUAGCGGCUACUCGAACGGUUACGAUGCCAACCCUCAGCCUGGAGGCUACGGUGCGCCUGCUCCCAACCAGACCUACCAGCCGGCUUACGGUGCUACUGGCACUGUCCCCCCUCCCCCUCGUGCCAACGCCUCUGCUGUGUCGCCUCUUGCCGAGAACCUCAUCCCUGCCUCGCAGCGUCGCGACUUGCCUGGAUGGAACGAUGCGCCAAGCAUGGCCCCUCCCAAGCGUCCCACUCCCACUGCCCGUGAGAGCACGCCCAAGCCCGCUGCCAUCACCUCACCCUUCCCCAUGGGCGACCCCUCGCAGGCUCAGUAUGCUCCCCCCGCGGCUGCUAGCCACAUGGCCUCGGCGCCGCCACCUGGCCGCGGCGGACCCGCUCCAGGUGUUCUCCCUCCCCCUCCCAAGGGUGGCCCCCGCCCACAGUCGGCCGCGCACAACCGUCCGCCUUCGACCCAGGGCAUUCCCCAGGCUCCUAUGCAGACACCGUUCGCCCCGACUGGUGGUCCUCCUCCCCAGCAGUUUGGACAGCCGCCAUCGCAGUACCAGGCUGGUCCCCCUCCCCCGGGCCAGCACCAGUACGGCGCUGCUCCAGCCCAGGCUGCCCGUCCCCCUCCUCCCCGUGGAUCGCCUCGUGCCGGCCCUCCUCCGCCCGGUGUGAUCGCUGGCCCUCCCCCAAGGGCACUCUCGCCUCUGGGCCCGGGUGGUGCUAGUCAAGCGCAGCCGUCCAUGUAUGGUGCGCUCGCGUCUCCUCCUCAGCAGACUCAGCCCCCUCCCCCGGGCGGCAGGUUGGCUGGCCCUCCUCCCCCUGGCCGCGUGCCGACAGGCUCGCAGAGCCCCCAGCCGUCUGCACCGACUCCGCCGCCCGCUGCACCGGUGAAGUCGAGGCACGCUGCUGGUGACCGCUCGCACAUCCCGCAGGGACUGCAGCACAUCGUUGAUACCCUGUCAGGCGAGCUGUCGCGCAUCAAGGCGCGCGACCUUCCUGCCCACGUGCACCGUAUUGUCAACGAUACCGAGCGCCGUCUGAAUAUUCUCUUUGACGAGCUCAACAACGACGCGGUUGACUCCAGCACUACCGGCCAGCUCGACCAGAUCUCCAAGGCGAUUGCGGCUCAUGACCCCAACACCGCACUCGCUCUGCACGUCGACCUGGCAACCAACGCCACUGGCGAGGCUACCCACUGGGCUCCCGGUGUGAAGCAGCUCAUUCGCCUGGGCAUCUAA